AUGGUGAAUAAAUCAAGGAAAGAUUGGUCUCUCAAACUUGAUGACACGCUAUGGGCUCUUAGGAUGGCGUACAAGACUCUAAUCGGCACAACCCCUUAUAGGUUGGUCUAUGGUAAGGCUUGUCACUUGCCGGUUGAAUUGGAAUACAAGGCUUGGUGGGCUAUCAAGGAGCUUAAUAUGGAUUUGUCUUUGGGCGGUGAGAAGAGAUUGUUGAAGCUCAAUGAACUUGAAGAGCUUAGAGAUGAUGCUUAUGAACGCUCAAGGUUAUAUAAGGAGAAGACCAAAAAGUGGCAUGACCAACAUAUUCGAAACAAGAACUUUAAGGUUGGAGACAAGGUUUUUCUUUUCAACUCAAGGCUUCGUUUGUUUCCAGGUAAACUCAAGUCAAAGUGGUCGGGUCCUUUUGUGAUUUCAAAGACUACUCCUUAUGGCUCCUUUGAUUUAGAUGUGGAUGGUAACAAGUUUAUGGUUAAUGGUCAUCGUUUAAAGCAUUACUUUUGCAAGGAAGAAGUUGGUAUCAUCGAUUGUAUAUCGCUUGAUCCUUUUGAUCCCAAGCCUCCCAUUUGA